AUGCCCGACUUCAUCCUCACCGUCCGCUCCCUCACGGCGCCCACCCUCCCCGCCGUCCCCGCCGGCACGCCGGCCUCCGCCAUCCGCUCCCCUCUCAUCCCGGGCCCCCUCGCCGCCACCUCGCCGCUGCGCUUCGUCCUCUCCCUGCCCGGCGCCACCGGCCGGGCGAGGAACCCGCUGCGCCCGGCCACCCACUUGCAACUAGCCUUCCUCUACCCCGGCAGCGGCGAGGUGUACCUGCCGGAGCCCAUACUCCCGGAGCACCUGGUCAAGACGGCCGGCGACGACGGCGAGUACGAGGUGGAGGUCGGCCCGGACAGGAUCCCCCGCGUCAAGGUCAACGAGGGCGAGUCGCCGGACGCGGAGGUCAGGCUGAACGCGUGGCGCAACGAGAAGCUGCUGGGGCGGUUCACGGUCGGUGUCGUCGAGGGCCUCGGCGUCGAGGGCUUCAAGUCCUCGGACCUGGCCAAGCGGCGCGUAGAGGUGCAAAAGGCCAAGGCCGCGAACGAGGCCACCCCGUAG